ACUAAACUGAUCUUUGCAGUCUGCACUGCACUGCUACGCUAACUGUCAACUCCAACUGUCAAGUCAAGGCUCAGGCUGGAGUGUCAACGUUAAGUGUUUUUAUACACCAGAUGUAAUGCUUCGGCAGAGGAAGAAAAUAUCUUUGGAUACUGUAAGGGAGUUGGAUUCAUUUCCAAAAUUACCUGAGACAUUUGUAGAAACAUCCAGGGUCGGAGGAACAUUUUCAAUUAUAACUGCGGGCAUCAUAUCAUGGCUGAUAUACUCGGAGAUAUCGUACUACCUACAGAGCAGGUUUAUGUUCAAGUUUGUCCCUGACACCGACUAUGAAGCCAAACUGAAGAUAAACAUAGACCUCACUGUUGCAAUGCCUUGUCACAGUGUGGGAGCAGACAUUCUGGAUUCCACAAACCAGAAUGUGUUCAUGUUCGGCACCCUAGAGGAGGAGGACACCUGGUUCGAGCUGUCGCAAGAACAGAGGAUGUACUUUGACAACAUGAGGUACAUCAAUCAGUAUCUGAGGGAUGAGUAUCACGCCAUACAAGACCUUCUGUGGAAAUCUGGCGAGACCAACUUGUAUGGCAGACUACCCAAGAGAAAAUACAAUCCAGUGACGCCACCAGAUGCUUGCCGCAUUUACGGCACCCUGGUUCUCAACAAAGUGGCGGGAAACUUCCACAUAACGGCGGGAAAGUCUCUGUCACUACCACAGGGCCACAUACACAUCUCUGCGUUCAUGUCAGACAUGGAUUACAACUUUACCCACCGCAUACAUCGGUUCUCCUUUGGUGAUGCGAGCCCCGGUAUCAUCCAUCCGUUGGAAGGUUACGAGAAGGUUACCACAAACAACAUGGUACUGUAUCAAUAUUUCAUUGAGGUCGUUCCAACAGACGUGUCUACAUUCUUAUCAAGAACUUAUACUUACCAGUAUUCAGUGCAGGACAACGAGCGACAAAUAGACCAUCACAAAGGGUCCCAUGGUAUUCCUGGUAUAUUCUUCAAGUACGACACCAGCGCCCUCAAGGUGCUAGUCACGGAGGAGAGGGAGCCUCUGGACCAGUUCCUCGUAAGACUCUGCGCUACUGUAGGAGGAAUAUUCAUCACGGCUGGAUUCGUAAACAGUAUAGUCCAACACAUGGUGAAACUGUGGAACAGAAUGAUGUAUCCCACCACUACACACACCAGUUUGAAAUCAACCAAUUACGUUCCGGCCUCCCCUCCACCACUGGUUCCCACGCCUAUUAUCUCCCCCUCCACUCAGGACCAAGUUUCGUCUACAGUUAUAUCUGCGGACUUAUGAGAAACGUGACCUGACUCUUAAACAAGGGUCUAAGGACUUAAUCUUGCAUUUAGUGAAAAGACAGUGUGUAUUUUGUAUAUAGAAUUUUUCAUAUGUAAGAAGUGUGAAUCUACUAUGCCUUGUACGUAUAAUUUGAGUAUUUUUAAAUAUUGAUUUUGACAAGCCUACCAUUUAAAAUGCAGUUUUAUAUUAUGCCAGCUAAGAUUUUUUUAUAAAAUCUAUAACUUAUUUAAAAUGCUACUUUGGCUGUGAAUAUUAUUUAUAGCUAUGUAAAUAAAAAGUAUUAUGUA